AUGCUUAGAUUCGUAAUUUUGGCUUUUGCAAUUAAAAUUAGUUCCUCUUCUUCUUUAAAAACUGUAGAAGAUAUUUCCAAGAAUAAAACUUUGGGUGAAUAUAGUUUGGAUAAAGGGUGGCCACAUAAGAACGUGUCCGAUUUACAAGUAUUUGGAUCGAGUGUUACAAUUGACAAUUCUGGCAAUAUUGUUUUACUCCAUCGUGGAUUUCAAGGGGGGUCAAAACCUAGAAAUUCAAUUAUUCAUGAAAACACGGUGGCAAUUAUAGAUAAAAAUACUGGCAAAAUUUUGAGAGAAUGGGGAAGCAACAAAUUCCUCAAGCCUCAUGGACUUUUUAUCAACAAAGAUGGAGACCUUUUCAUCACUGACACAGUCAUGCAUCAAAUCUUUAAAUUUGAUUGGGACAAUUCGACUAAACAGUGGAACAAUGAGUCUUCUCUAGUUAUUGGGGAACCCUUUGUGGCAGGUUAUGGCCACUAUCGAUUUUGCAGUCCGGCAGACAUUGUUGAAGAUCCAGAAACUGGAAAUUUUUUCGUGGCAGAUGGCUAUUGUCAUUCGCGUGUCGUAAAAUUUGAUAAAAAUGGAAAAUAUCUUCUCGAAUUUGGAGCAGGUUCCUCAGACCUUUCAAUUCCACCAAUUCCCUUUAACGUCACUCAUGCCUUGGCCUUGGCGAAGCGGACAAGCACCAACUCCACGCACGGCGAAAUAGAACAACCUCAAACAAUAUUGCUAGUUGUUGACCGAGAUAGCGCAAGAAUUCAAAUUUUUGACCUUAAUGGAACAUUUCUUUACGAAAUUGGAGCAAGUGAUCUUGGAUCUGAGCAUGCAAUGAUCCUGAGCGUAGCCACCGUAACGGCAAAAAACUUUGAAUUUGGACAAGCAUUCAUAAUCAAAGGUCAUGUGCCAGUGGGAGAAGCGAAAAUGGUGAUUGUGGGACUACAGGCCAAAAACUUUACUAUAAUUUCCUCACACCCGAUUAUGAAACAGAAAGCACCAACUCCAAAACUUAAUGUGACUUCUCCAAAAGAUGUCAAAUUGUCAAUGCCACACGAUAUAGCAACGAAAAACGGGAAAGAAAUUUAUAUCGUGGAGGCAAUCAAUGAUUUGACAUUGCAACGAUAUGUGUGGGCAGACGCGAAGUCAAUAGCCAAACAACAUGUUGGAAAAAGCUCAUCAGUGAUGACAAGAUGCCCGAAGACGCUACUUACCGUCAUAAAUCUUAUCAUUAUGACAAUCCACACUGCCAUCAUGUAA